CUCCCGCGUUUGGAAUGGAUAUUCCGGGCGUGGGCGAUUUAAACCAAACGGGAGUGGGCGUCAAGAAAAACAUUUGCCCAUGGCUAUGGUUGAUGCGUGAAGCGAGGAUUGCUGGAGGAUUAGGGUUAGGGCUUUUGCGCAGCGGGGGAGUGGCGAGCAGCUCGAUCGGUGGCCCGGCGCAUGCGCUGUGAUGAGAAAUCCGCCCCGUUGCCCCGCAGCCGGACCGGACGGAGGUAAUUUCUUGCCGGCGCCGCUAGAUCCAUGCGCGACAAGCUACAUUCUCGCGCUGUGGCGCCGCUAAGCUGGCAAUGCGGGUAGAUCUCACGGAUCUAUAGCUGCCUGGGCGAGAAAUGUCGUUUAAGAAUUUCAUCCGGGACAUCCAGGAGCUCAAGGGCGGGAUUGGCAGCAUCUCCAGGCGGAGCUUCGAGGUGAGGCUGUCGCAGCCCCAGCAGCAGCCACACCACAGGUCUCGCUCCUCGUCGCUCGCCUCUGUCGGUGGCGAUCCAGCGGCGCCGCCGGAUCACAGGAAUGAGAUGUCUCGGCAGAGCUGCUGGGCCAACAUGCCGCCGGAAUUGCUGCGAGACAUCAUCCAGAGGCUCGAGUCGAGCGACAACGUGUGGCCGUCGCGGAAGAACGUGGUUGCAUGCGCUGCCGUGUGUAGCACCUGGAGGGAGAUCACCAAAGAGCUUGUCAAGUCCCCGGAGCUCUCUGGAAAGCUCACCUUUCCAGUCUCCCUCAAACAGCCUGGGCCAAGGGAUGCAACAGUUCAGUGCUACAUCGAACGGGACAGGACGACUGCUACAUACAGGCUGUUCCUGGGCUUGACACCAACACUGACGGAAAACGGGAAAUUCUUGCUGGCCGCAAGGAAGUCGAGGCGGGCGACCAGCACUGACUACAUCAUCUCGAUCGACCCCGAGGACAUGUCUCGGGGCAGCAGCAGCUGCGUUGGAAAGCUGAGGUCAAACUUCCUGGGCACAAAGUUCGCGAUCUACGACACACAACCGCCCCACAGCGGUGCGAUCGCGUCAACAAAUCGUGCAGGCCGCCGAGUUGCUGCAAAACAGGUGUCCCCGAAGGUCCCCGCGGGAAGUUACAACGUUGCGCACAUAUCCUACGAGCUCAACGUGCUGGGUACGAGGGGUCCGAGACGCAUGCAGUGUACUCUCCACGCAGUCGGUGCCGUGUCCAUGGACUCCGACUCGGAAGGCAUGGCAGUACCGGCCUCCACGGAGCUGUCCGGCCACCACGCCGACGACUCCUCCUCCUUCACCUUCAUGUCCGCAAAGCCCAGCGCCGCAGCCCCGGUGGCCGACGACGCCGUCGGCGAGCCCGGCUUGAGCAGCAGCGGCGGCGAUCGGUACGUGAAGGGCGAUCCUCUGGUGCUCAAGAACAAGUCUCCCAGGUGGCACGAUCAACUCCAGUGCUGGUGUCUCAACUUCCGGGGCCGGGUCACUGUUGCUUCCGUGAAGAACUUCCAGCUGGUGGCAGCGGCGGAUCAACCUCCGGCUCCUGUUUGCCAGGGCGAGCAGGACAAAGUCCUGCUCCAGUUUGGGAAGAUUGGUAAGGACAUGUUUACGAUGGAUUACAGGUACCCGCUCUCGGCAUUCCAGGCGUUUGCUAUCUGUUUAAGCAGCUUUGAUACGAAGCUGGCUUGCGAGUAGCCAGCCAUUGCUGGGCGCCUUGCUAUUGCUACACAGGUACUGGUUGUAGUUCGUUUUUCUAGUUUUUUUCUCGUGUAGAACUUGUAAGCUGAUAUUCAUCUUUAAAACUCCCUUUCUUU